CUCUACAGAUCGCAGGUCUUUCCACCGUCGCCUCGCCGAUGGUGCGGUAGCUCCUGGGUCGGAAUGGCGUCCGUGCUGUAUUCGCCGCGAGACCCCGGGCUGAAGAAGAGGGACGAGCUCGAGGACAUGCUCGAGGAGAGGCGCCGCUCCAGCGACGCGCGGCACGCGCUGCGCUGCUACGCGCCCGCGGUCUACAAGGGGCUCGCGCCGCGCGAGGUGAGCGCGCUCCGGGGCGCCGUCCUGCAGUCCGACGCGCUGCAGCACGUGAUCGGCCAGGUGUCCGCGGAGUGUGGGGAGCGUCGCGAGCUGGUGCAGGAGGAGGCCGCCCACCUGCUGGACGAGAUGGCCCACCGCCUCCGGCUCGGCACGGUGCGCUUCUUCGCCUACGUGCUGAGCAAGGUCUUCAAGACCCUCUUCCGCAGUGUGCGCGUCAACGAGGAGGGCGUUCAGAGGUUGCAGCAAGCUAUUCAGGAUCACCCGGUGGUGCUCCUGCCCAGUCACCGUAGCUACAUGGACUUCCUGAUGAUGUCAUACAUCCUCUACACCUACGACCUGGCUCUGCCGGUCAUCGCCGCGGGAAUGGAUUUCAUGAGCAUGAAGGUUGUCGGGGAGAUGCUGCGAAUGUCCGGGGCGUUCUUCAUCCGGCGCUCCUUCGGGGGAGAUAAACUCUACUGGGCCGUCUUCUCCGAAUACGUGAAGACCAUGCUGAGGACCGGCUAUGCGCCCAUCGAGUUCUUCCUGGAGGGAACAAGGAGCCGGACAGGGAAGUCCCUGACGCCCAAGACAGGUCUACUGAACAUCGUAAUGGAACCUUUCUUUAAAGGGGAAGUGUUUGACAUCCACCUGGUCCCAGUCAGCAUCAGCUACGACCGGAUUCUAGAAGAAUCUCUGUACGCGCGCGAGCUCCUUGGGGUGCCCAAGCCCAAAGAGACCACGUCCGGUCUUCUGAAAGCCAGACAGAUCCUGCGCGAGGACUACGGCGUCAUGCAUGUGUACUUCGGUCACCCCGUGUCCGUGCGCAGUCUGGCCCAGGGCCGCGUUAAGCGCUCGCAGUACAACCUGGUGCCCAGGCACAUCCCCCAGAGGCCGUGCCUGGCCGCCCAGGCUCUGGUGGGCGAGGCGGCGUUCCGUCUGGUCCGUCUGCAGGAGCAGGCCAUGGUGCUCCGGCCAUGGACGCUGGUGGCCACGCUGCUACUCCAGAACCCCGACGGCAUGGACCUGCCUGUCCUCGAGGAGCAGGCCGCCUGGCUCCGCCGCCUGGCCCUGUCCUUCGGAGCCUUCCUGGACUGGCCGGAUUGCAAACCCUGCCGCGAGGUGGUCGGCGCCGGCCUGGCCCUGCACAAGAACCUGGCCCGCGUGUCCGGGGGCCGCGUGCGACUGGCCGUCGCCGAGACGCCAGGGGUGGGUCAGACGGCCGAGGAGCUGGCGUUCGACCGGGCGGUCGGCGUGCUCUCUUGCGCCUCCUACAGGAACCAGAUCCUGCACGUGUUCAUCAGGCCUGCUCUGCUGUCAGUGGCCCUGCGGACUGCUAACUCCAGCAGGAAAGAUGAGGUCUACACCUGCUUCAACUUCCUGUGGACUGUGUUCUCCAAUGAGUUUAUCCUCUGCCCCGGGGCCUCGGUGCAGGACUUUGAGGAGGCGUGUUACCUCCUGGGAAAGUGUUGUGCCGUCCAGGAGUCACAGCAGGACAUUGUGAUGUCAGAGGGCGGACACGCGACCCUGGCCUUCCUGCGUGCACUCCUAGACCCUUUCCUGCAGGGAUACCAGGUGGUGUGCCAGUAUCUGUGUAAGGAGACGGAGGAGAACCUUCGUGAGAAUAAGUUCGUUCCAGCAGCGAGGAACUUCGCCCUCCAACUCAUCCUAGCAGGAACCCUGAAGUGCUACGAGGCCUUGUCAUCGGACCUGCAGAAGAACGCCCUCGCCGCCCUGGUCCAGCUGGAGGCCGUCACGAAGGUCAAAGUCGGUGAUCAGGUGACACUGAAGGUCAACAGGAGGGCAGCGAGCUCGCUGGAGGACAUGCUGGGGGGCAGAAUUCCUACCCAGAAACCUGUCCACGCGCGACUGUGAGCGCGAGCGGGAGGCGGCGGGAGAGCCCGAGAGGAGUCCGGGGCCGCGACCUCCGCCGUUACCACGGCGGCGCGUUUCCGUGCAUCUGCGCGGCUCUGCUGUCUACAGAGACUGUUUGUGGUUGGAGCCUUAAAGAGACUUAACGGGUUCGCUGUCUGAGACGUUCUUGCCCUCUCUCUCUCUCUCUCUCUCUCUCUCUCUCUCUCACACCUUUAUUUUAUCACUGUCUCCAUUGAUGGUGUCUCCUCCUGCUGAGUGAUCCACCUCACUGCCUUUAACUGCUCUCUCGCUCUCUCUGUGUCUCUCUGAACCUUCAACAUGGCCACGUUUCUGUUUCGUGACCUCCUUCUUUAUUAAUUUGACUUUAACGUUAGCAGGCGGAGACCAGAACGGUCUCCGUUACCCUGUCUUUUCACUCGGUACUGAUCCGUUGUUAAAACUCCCAUCUUGUUUGUUAUUGUUGCUUUGCUUUUGGCGUGCUGUUUUUAUUUCUCAUCCUCUUUUCUUCGCUCGGACGUCUUCAGCGUUUCCUUUGCGCGUCAGGCUUUUGGCUUUUUCGCCGGGCCGCCGCGACGUCAUCCCCUCUCCGCGAGCGGCGCGGACGCCGGAGCCGGAAUCCACAGUUAUCGCUUGCUCCAAAGGCGGCUUAUCCCGAGAAAGAGUGCGAUGAUCGCCACUGAAUGUUUACGUUCUCUCAGCAGAUGUGCGCUUUCAUAGAAAACCGCAAAAAAAACAAACCAAAAUGCUCUUUUAGUUUUAUACCGGAGAGCGGAAUGUGCAGGCAACCUGAGAGAAAGCGGCGAGUUAUUUGGACGUUUCUGUACUGUCCGUCCUUGAUGGUUUUAUGGGAAACAGAAGUGUGGUUAAUUGCCCUCGACGCAGGCUGCAGUUUCUCGCGUUCCCGAAUGAGAUUUUGACGGCUAGCGAAGCGGAGCUCGUUAUCUGAUCGGGUGGGUGUCCCUGUAAAACUCCACCUGGGGCGUUGCGAGGCAGCAAAGCCUGCGCCGGCUCGUGCGCCGUCACACGGUGCGGUGUUCAGGGAGCGGAUGAUUCCACGAGCGCGUUUAACCGAUUGUGUUCUAUGCGUUACUCACAGUCCUGGAGGGUCCAGUUCACCGUUUUGUUUUCUUCUGCUAACAAACCUCAGUUGUGCCAUUUGGUUCGUUUAUCGAGUCUGUUAGGCUAGACCACAGCGGACGCAAGACGUAGGGGCUGGGAUGGAGAAACCUUGGCAUAGAUUAUGAUUGGUUAAGGCUAGGGUUAAGUGUAGGGCUGGGUUAUGUGUGUACGAUAUGAUUGGUUAAGGCUUGGGUUAAGUGUAGGGCUGGGUUAUGUGUGUACGAUAUGAUUGGUUAAGGCUUGGGUUAAGUGUAGGGCUGGGUUAUGUGUGUACGAUAUGAUUGGUUAAGGCUAGGGUUAAGUGUAGGGCUGGGUUAUGUGUGUACGAUAUGAUUGGUUAAGGCUUGGGUUAAGUGUAGGGCUGGGUUAUGUGUGUACGAUAUGAUUGGUUAAGUGUAGGGCUGGGUUAUGUGUGUACGAUAUGAUUGGUUAAGGCUAGGGUUAAGUGUAGGGCUGGGUUAUGUGUGUACGAUAUGAUUGGUUAAGUGUAGGGUUAAGUGUAGGGCUAGGUUAUGUGUGUAUGGAGCUAUCAUUUUAUAUACAUGUUUCAUUUUGAGUGUGCUUGCAAAAUUGGAUCAGUGCUUUGGGGAAGCUUUAAACACACACACACACACACACACACACACACACACACACACACACACACGCACGCAGCCUUGCGUCACAGUUUCAUACUCGCCCGAAACGCAUUGCCAAAAGAGACAGGAAGUCAUGGUUCCAUUUCACCUGCCCUGCUGAACUGUUAGGGUACACCGUCUUCAGAAUUCCACCAUGCCGUCCUCAGACAGAGUUCUGGAUCACGCACGAAGGGUGGAGACCAAAACCGUGGGUGAAACUUUGCACAGUCCACCGACAUUGUCUGUACUAACCCUGUUGGAAUAUUGUGGGCGGCUGUGUUGAACGUGUUAUGCUCCACACUUGGCAAAAGUAGCAUAUUGUGUUGUAUCGCAUGGACUGGCCAACUGUGGUAGAGAUUGAGUCUUGAAGAAUCCUGGAACCCCGUAGCCGGAGAGAAUUGGAAUUUUGUGGGAAUUUUUCGUUACACAUUUACCAAAGCACAGCUCAGUUUAACUCGUGUCAUGUGAUCAUUUGCCCAUAGCCAUAGUUGUUUUCCUGAAAGGUGCUAAAGGUCUUUUAUUUUGUAAAUGUCUGGAAAGCAGUAAAGUCUUCUCAGUGCGGGUGAAUAUUUAUGACCCCUCGAAAGUGUAACGUCAACAUCUCCCUGCUUUUACGUCCUUCAGGACCUCCAAAAUAAGGGUCUUUUUCUGCCAAAGUUAUUUUCUGUUACUUUAAAUAGUUUUUUUUCUUUCGUGUGUUUUCUAGCAUAAUGAGUCAGUUUUACGGUCUGACAGCGUUUGUCUAAUGAAUAACGUUUAUCACACUGAUAAUUGUGGCGUGUGUUUGAUACUAAGUCUGUAAUGACGAGAUUAAAGUUUGCUAAACAAAACACUGGAAUGCAGAA